AUGGAAUCGUCGAUCGCAUUCAAGACCAGUGGGCGUACCUGGGCGUAUCCACCACGCUGCAACAAAGCGAUACCUACAUCUAUCAGAUCAGUGUUCUUAGACAACAACUCGAAGCGGGAAGAACUUGCCCCUUGUGCAGACAUGAUGCUAAACCGCCGACCAUACGGCAUGGAUUCCCCUCAACCCCCAUCUCAGUGGGAGAAGAGCGUUAAAGCCCAGUCUGAGAACAGCAUCAAAGAGGUCAUAAUAACUCCUCUGGUACCUGUGCCAGUGGUAGAGGAUGUUAUGGAUGGUGGCCGGCUCGCUUGGUGCACCGUCAUUGGUGGGUUCCUCACCAUUGCAAGCACGUUCGGAUACGCAAACAGCUUCGGCGUGUAUCAGGACUUCUACACCCGUUCUCGUACGGCCUCUGCGUCUGCCAUCAGCUGGGUUGGCUCGAUGCAGAUUUUCUUCAUCUUCGCUAUGUCGCUUCCUGCUGGGAAGCUCCUGGACAUGGGCUACUUCCGUAUCACCACAAUGGUCAGAACGUUUAUCUACGUCUUCUCACUGUUCAUGGUGUCUAUAUGCGAAUCCAACAAAUACUACCAGAUCUACCUCGCUCAAGGACUCGGAAUGGGGAUCGGUGCUGGCCUUCUCUAUCUCCCGUCCAUCACUGUUCAAUCUCAUCACUGGCGCGAUAGACAGGCUUUCGCAAUGGGCAUCGUUGCAGCUGGAACAUCGUUUGGCAGUAUCAUGUUCCCGAUCGUGCUCAAUGAGCUCAUCAAGAGCUCCUUGGGCUUCCGGUGGGGUGUUCGGGUUUCUGCCUUCAUGGUCCUCGUGAUGAUGCUGGCAGCAAACGUGCUCAUGACAUCGAAGAAGAAACUGGGCAGCAAGAAUACUACAGAAGAAACCCCAAAAUUCAAUAUCAAAGGAAUCAUGCAUGAUCUGCCAUUCAUUACAUCCAUUAUUUGCCUGUUCUUUGGGAACUGGGGGAUCUUUUUCCCAUACUUCUACAUUCAAUUGUUCGCUAUUGUCCAUGGACUUAAUAGGACGACCGUGUUCUAUCUGAUUGCUAUACUCAACGCCUCUGCUAUUCUGGGACGCAUCCUUCCAAACAUGCUCGCGGACCGGCUUGGGCCAAACACGGUCAUUGUGCCUACUGUCACUUCUUGUGCUGUGCUUGUCUAUGGCCUUCUUGGUAUCUCAACCAUUCUUGGCAUGAUCAUAUUCGUGAUACUCUACGGUUUCAUGUCUGGUGCAGCUCUCUCCUUGUCCCCGCCCUGCUUUGCUGCUCUUGCGAGACAUCCAUCCGAAGUGGGGGUACGAUUUGGCAUCGCAUUCUCUCUGGCGGCGUUCGGUGCUCUGAUCGGUAACCCGAUAACUGGAGAGCUUCUGGGACCCAACUUCACGUGGAACAAACCAAUCAUCGUCAGCGCCGUGGCAUUCACCGCCUCCUCGAUUUUUAUCAUCAUCUCGAGGCAAAUUCUCGUUAAACGCAAGGGUACCCAAUGGGUGUAG